AUGGCGGCCGCAGAUAAGAAGACUCGGCAGCAGUUGCGUACCCCGGCCAUGAAUCCGGUGGCGCUACCAAUGGUCGCUCGAACGACACAGCCAAGGCUGUCCUCGCAGCAGGCCAUGGAAGGCAAAGCAGCGACCAGGCCCUGUAGGCCCAGAUCGGACCCAGGACCCAUGCCGCCGCCAGUUCGCCGUGCCACCGUCGUCCAACCGCCGGCAUCCAGCACCAAGGCCAGCCCCGUGCGCCUCUGCGACGACGCAGAGGCAGGACCCGCCCGGCGCCGACAACCGCCGUGCCCCACGGCCGCGGCCACCCGAGGCAUCUUCGCCGGGUCAAACCAGCAAGGCAGCCGCGCGCUCGCCUGUGGGCGCCGCACGCCCGCUCGAGGCAGCCGCACACCCGCUCGUGGCCGCCGCGCGCCCGCCGUGGCCGCCGCGCGCCGCUCGAGGUCGCCGCGCGCCCGCCGGUGGCCGCCGCAGCGCUCGCUCGUGGCCGCCGCAGCGUCCGCCCGAGGUCGCCGCGCGCCCGCCGGCGGCCGCCGCGCGCUCCGCCCGUGGCCGCCUCGCGCCCGCCCGUGGCCGCCGCGCGCCCGCCAAACGCUUGAUGAUCUUUCUGUUCACAUGUAUACAUAA